AUGUCCGAGGCAGAGAAGGGGCACGAGAAUUUCAGCGUCGUGUUCCAGGCUGUCGCGGAAAAGGUUCCGAACGAGGUGCUGCUCGCGGUGGAGCGCCCCCUCCCGAGUUUGGAGGCGCCCGGCGUCGCUCCGCCGCUGCCCUGGGGGGACUGGAGGAAGUGGACGGCCGCGCAGUACUACAAGGACGCCUGCAGCGCAGCAAAGGCCUACAUGGUCUUGGGCGUGGAGAGGUUUGGCACCGUGGCCGUGUUUGGGUUCAACGCCCCCGAGUGGUCGAUCUCUGCCAUGGGGUCGAUCUUGUGCGGCGCCAAGUACGCGGGAAUCUACCUGACGGACACGCCCGAGCAGAUCCAGUACAAGAUCUCCCAUUCCGGGUCGACCGUCGUGGUCCUGGACUCGGAUGUGGAAUUCGACAAGGUUGCCUCGAAGAUAGACGAGCUUCCCGGCGUCGCCGCCAUUGCUGUCUGGGGCAUGCGGGCGCCGGCCGACCUCAAGAGGGCGGACGGGAGCGUCUGCAGGGUCAUGCACUGGGACGACCUGCUGGCACUGGGCGAGGCCAAGGGCUUGGAGUACUGCAGGAACAUGCAACCAGGCGGAUCGGGGGCCAAGCCGUUCCUCCACUGGCUGGCGGACAAGCUGAUACUUUCAAAGGCGCGCCAGGCCCUGGGCCUGCACAAGUGCAACCUGUUCAUGACUGGGGCGGCGCCGAUGUCCCUGGAUACCUUCGAGUACUUCGGCCAGCUGGGGAUGAACAUCUACAUGGGCUUCGGCAUGAGCGAGUCUUCCGCCGGCGUCACCCUCUGCACGCGUUCGGCGAACCAGUUCCUCUCCUGCGGACCCGCGCUGAUGGGAACCGAGCUCGCCUGCUUCCGGGCCGGCCCCAACGGCGAGAAGGUGGAGGCGAAGCGCAGCACCCCCGGCAAGCCGCUCACGGAGGAGGAGCAGGGCGAGAUCUGCUUCCGGGGGCGGCACGUGAUGAUGGGGUACCUGGCCAAUCCGCAGUGGGGCGCGGAGCACGUGGCCGACAUCGAGAAGAAGACGCGGGAGGCCAUCGACGACGAGGGCUGGCUCCACACGGGGACAAGGGCACCAUCGGUGUGGACGGCUUCCUCAGGAUAA